AUGUCUGGAGUCUUGAACCGAGCUGUAUCGCAGGGAAACUCUGUCAUCAGACAAUUCCUCGCCGUCAGGAACCCGAUGUGUCAGGAAAUCGCCGGAUUCAAGGUUUGUCUUCUAUCUUUUACUACAAAAAAGUGUUAUUACUAAACGCGCUAAUAGUGCUUUCAAAAAAUCAAAAAUUUUGAAAGAACUUCAGAUUGAAAGCAGGCGCUUUUCAGCAUAAAAUUAUGAACUGUCAGCGUUAAUUUACGCCGUUAAAAACAAUUGGAAACUUUGUCGUUGUCUGCUAGACGUAGCGGGUUUUCGGUCUUCGAGAAUACGUGUGAAUUUCUUUAUUUUUACGGCUGUUCGCCCGCCUGCGCACAGUCAUCUUUCCCACAUUCGGUGUCUAGCAGAAAUUGAUCUCUCAGUAGACUGUGUUCUGAAUUGAAAAGAAAUUCCUCAGCUAAGAAAUCGGAACUUUCGAGUUUCUCCGUAAACCUCUGUAACUUUUGAGCAGAACUUCAGCAACGUUUGUCCAAAGUCUGCUCGAAAGUUACUGAACUGUCGUUCAAAUGCUGCUAAAGUAUUGUUCAAAAGUUGACGUCGCUGAAGGUUUCCUCAAAAGUUGCUGAAAUGUUGUUCACAAGCUGCUAUCACCCCAAAGUUUGCUCUAGAAGAUGCCGACAUUUACCGAGUUAUUUCAUGCUGUACCAUUCAAAAAAAAAGUAUGCUAAUUUCAGGUCAAAUCGCGUCUGAAGCUUCGCUGUCGCAGCUGCUUCUUCCUCCGCGUCGACGGCCGUCUUCACGUAGAAUGCAACGAGAAUCCGCGGCACAAAGCUCGAGAAGUGUUUGACGUCAAGAAGCUCUGGUGA